UGUCAUUCACCACCAGCAACACAGGAUUCGCAGAAGAGCGAGGAGAGCAACAAAAUGGCGCUGACCAGUUUUUUACCAGCACCAACCCAGUUGUCUCAGGACCAACUGGAAUUGGAGGAGAGAGCAAGAUCUCAAAGAGUGAGACAGACUGCGUUGGUGUCAUCACGAAGGGAACCACCUCCUUAUGGUUAUCGGAAAGGAUGGAUACCACGAAUGUUGGAGGAUUUUGGAGAUGGAGGUGCUUUCCCAGAAAUCCAUGUUGCCCAAUAUCCUCUGGAUAUGGGGAGAAAAAAGAAAAUAUCCAAUGCAUUAGCUGUACAAGUGGAUGCGGAAGGAAAAAUCAAAUACGAUGCUAUAGCUCGGCAGGGACAAUCAAAAGACAAGGUCAUUUACAGCAAAUACACAGACCUUGUUCCCAAAGAAGUUAUGAAUGUGGAUGACCCCGAGCUUCAAAGACCAGAUGAGGAAGCUGUCAAAGAGCUUACAGAAAAGACACGAGUUGCACUGGAAAAGUCUGUCUCUCAAAAAAUCGCAGCAGCAAUGCCAGUCCGAGCAGCUGAUAAACUAGCUCCAGCUCAGUAUAUUCGUUAUACACCAUCACAGCAGGGAGUGGCAUUCAAUUCUGGUGCAAAACAGAGAGUUAUUAGAAUGGUGGAGAUGCAAAAGGAUCCCAUGGAGCCUCCAAGAUUCAAGAUUAAUAAGAAAAUUCCUCGUGGGCCGCCAUCUCCCCCUGCUCCAGUAAUGCAUUCUCCCAGUAGAAAGAUGACUGUAAAGGAGCAGCAAGAAUGGAAAAUUCCACCUUGUAUUUCAAACUGGAAAAAUGCAAAGGGUUACACCAUUCCGUUAGACAAACGCCUGGCUGCAGAUGGUAGAGGAUUGCAGACUGUACACAUUAAUGAAAACUUUGCUAAAUUGGCAGAAGCUCUUUACAUUGCUGAUAGAAAGGCUCGUGAGGCUGUAGAAAUGCGAGCCCAGGUAGAACGCAAAAUGGCACAGAAGGAAAAAGAGAAACAUGAGGAGAAACUUCGGGAAAUGGCCCAGAAGGCCAGGGAACGAAGAGCUGGAAUCAAAACUCAUAUGGAGAAAGAGGAUGGAGAAGUUAGGGAGCGUGAUGAAAUCAGGCAUGACAGGCGAAAAGAAAGGCAGCAUGAUCGGAAUCUUUCCAGAGCAGCCCCUGACAAAAGGUCAAAGCUACAGAGAAAUGAGAACAGAGAUAUUAGUGAAGUCAUUGCAUUGGGCGUUCCUAAUCCUCGGACAUCCAACGAAAUUCAGUAUGACCAGAGACUGUUCAACCAAAAUAAGGGCAUGGAUAGUGGCUUUGCAGGAGGAGAAGAUGAAAUUUAUAAUGUCUACGAUCAGCCCUGGAGAAGUGGUAAAGACAUGGCCCAAAAUAUAUACAGACCAAGUAAAAAUGUGGAUAAGGACAUGUAUGGUGAUGAUUUGGAAACAAGAAUAAAAACUACUAACAGGUUUGUUCCUGAUAAGGAAUUUUCUGGUUCAGACCGUAGACAAAGAGGAAGAGAAGGACCAGUUCAAUUUGAGGAAGAUCCUUUUGGUUUAGACAAAUUCUUGGAGGAGGCAAAACAGCACGGGGGUUCUAAAAGACCUUCUGAUAGCAACCGCCCUAAAGAACACGAUCAUGAAGGCAAAAAGAGAAGGAAAGAGUAAAAAAACUGAUUUCUCUCUGGCUGCUGAGACUGAAUUCGGAGCUUUAACUAGCUCUUUGCUGAAAAUAAUGAGUACCAUGAGUGUUCAAAGGCAACAUUUCCCUAUGGAUUAGAGAAGAAAAAGCAGACUGCUGAAUAACAUAAACAUAGGUUUGGUUUCUAAGUAUAUUCAUCCUUUGUUUCAAAAGAGGAGGAGUGAUGUAUUCUUUAUUUUAAAGUUAUUCCAGGUAUAUUCUCUUGUAUAUAAUUUUCUCUAUUUCUGUUAUGUGUUGUACUUGAAAAAAGGGAAGCGUACUGAUUGAUUUGCUCUGAUGUAACUAUCCAGUUCCAUUUAACCUGAAAGGAGCAGUUGCACUCAAUUAAGAUGAAUAUAUACAUACUGAAGUUUAUUUUAAUUUCUUUACAUAGCAAUUGAAUAAAAGCUCCUUCCUUUUAAUUGGUAUUAAAGUAUUUCAUCUGACUGUUUUUUCUUGACGUUUAAC